CGUCAAAAGUCUUAGUGUGUGCACUCAGUGUAUGCUGGGAAUCUCUUCUUGGACGUUAGUGUGGAUAACGAUUUUAUUUGCAAACGUCAGAAGAAAAACGGGUUGCAACCAAAUGAAACUUCGGAUAAGUACGCGGCUUUAGUCCCGCAAGAAUAAGUAAAACUCAAAAAUAGUCAGGAAAAUAGUUAAUAUUACAACUAAAAGAAAGUUUCUACUACCGAGAAAGUUUCAAAAAGGUUGAACAGAAUGUGUAAUAGCAAACUAGCAUCUCUAGCGGUCAGUUUUCUGUUGCUGAGCUGUUGGUUAGCGAGAGCAACAGGUUCGUCCAUGGCAUCCCUCAAAUACCAGAUGAGUUUGUCUAAUGAAAACGAUGAUGAUUACUUGUCACAAAAAGAAAACGUUUUGGAAAAAUCUUAUCAUGGAUUAAUACGUGAAAAUGAAACUUUGGUUGAAAUAACACCGCUAAUUAAAGUAGAUGAGGAGAAAAUAUGCAACUUUCGAAUAUUAAAGAAACCAUAUCAUGAAAUACCAUUCCAAAUUGAAUUAGUAAACAAUUUAGGGAUUUUGAAGGCUCGUCGCACACUUAAUUGUGAGAAACGUAAAAGUUAUCAUUUUGAAAUUAUGGCCAUUUUUUGCGAUGGCACCCACUCGGCGACGGCUAAUGUUCAUAUAACGGUUAUUGAUAUUAAUGAAUAUGCACCAACAUUCCUUCAGCCCUCGUAUGUAACUGAAGUUGAUGAAGGGCGCUUAUAUAAAGAAAUUAUACGCGUUGAGGCGACCGAUAAGGAUUGUACACCUUUAUUUGGCGACGUUUGUAAAUACGAGAUACUCAAUAAUGAUCAGCCUUUUAUUAUUGAUAAUGAGGGAUCAAUCAAGAAUACUGAACCAUUAUCGCACAAAGCUUCGCAUAAUCACAUUUUGUCGGUGGUGGCAUACGAUUGCGCGAUGAAAGAGUCGGCUCCAAUUAUGGUGAGCAUUAAGGUGCGUCGGGUUUGUGAUGCGAGAUUCCUAGGAAUACCCGAACGUAUAGACUACACGGCAUCGACAACAGAAAGCCUUUCGCUCUUCCCAAACGCACGCCUGGAACUUUGUGACUUAUAUUGUGGCAAACAGAAUUUGAACAUUCACACCUCUGUGGCUUUGAAGACAAAACAUAUUUCUUUCGGUUGCGAUCGUGACAUUAGCAACUGCUCGACUGGCCUCUUGAUCGACCUAUUGCCGCGAAAUGCUGAAUGGACAAAGGAUCUCAGUUAUGAUGAAGGGUUUGAACCUGUUUUUCAUUUCGAUGGAUCUACUGGUGUUAUCGUACCAGAUGCACUUCUUUUUCACCAUGACUUUUCGACUCGCUCGUUCAGUAUAGUAACAAUUUUCAGACACUCCAGCAUCUCGUCAGGCAACAAACACAUUAAGGAACACAUCAUUUGCAGUGCCGAUGAUCAUAAAAUGAAUCGACAUCAUAUGGCAUUAUUUGUACGCAACUGUCGAUUGAUAUUGUUAUUGCGUAAGAAUUUUAACGAAGGCGACUUAAAUAUAUUCAGUCCUGCUGAGUGGCGUUGGAAAAUACCGCACGUCUGCGAUAACGAAUGGCAUCACUAUGUUCUAAGCGUCAAUCAAUUGUCCAAAGUUGAAAUAUAUAUUGAUGGGGUGCGUUUUGAAAAUUCGGUUGAAGAUCGUCACAAUAACCCGGAAGUCAUAGACGAUUGGCCGUUACAUGCCGCUCAUGGGGUCAACACUACUCUAUCGGUGGGUGCCUGCUAUCAGAGUUCGGAAAAUCGUUUGAAACAUGGUUUUAAUGGAGAUAUAUCUCAGAUAAAAGUAUCAAUCGAUACGAUACUUUCGGCGGAAGAUGUACGCUGCGGAACCAAUUGUGCGGAGCACUUGUUACCUCCUCCAGAAAGUUUGCUAGAGGCUGGUUCACAGGUACAAGCCAAUGCUCAAAUGAAUGAAAUUUACAUUCAAGGUCAAAGCAAAAGCAAUGUUGAACUGCUACUGCAAAAAAUUCAGUAUGUUAAUAUUAAAGAUUAUCCAACCAUUGGCCGUCGCAAUAUUGAGGUUCGCACAUCCAUGAUGUGCAUUAAUCAGAGCGCCACUCGUUUACCUACCAUCGAGACGUAUAUCAUGGUUAACGAGCCCAGCCAAUUGGUAAUGUCAGAAGAAGGAGUAGCAGACAAUAGUGAAAUGAAUGUCGGGGAAUUCAAAGACAAAUUUAAGAUAACAACAUAUACGCAAAAGACUUCUUUCAUAACUAGUAGACCAAGCACUGUAAACGAUCAAGGGCAGCACAUGCAAGAGGAAAUUAGUAGCGAGGAAAAAGCUAAAAUUAUAAUAAGUGGUAACACAAAUAACUUGGUAUCUUAUACGGAAAUUAAGCGCGGUGUUCACAUUCUUGGCGAUAUAAACAUAACUGUGGUCAAUGCAAACAAUAAAAUUAUGUCAAAUAUGCAAAACUUGGACUCGUGUAGUGUUAUUGUGUUUCCAUCGUUAAAUCCAGACCAUGAGGAAAUUCAGGUAGACGGUGAUGAAUCGCUGUCUUCAACACUGGAUAUAAAGACCAAUAUUAAUAAGGAUGGCGUGGAAAUGAUAGGCAAUGAUGCUGUAGAAAAUUAUUUGGAGGUUUUGAAGGCACUUUUGUACAGUAACAAAAAGCCGGCUUACUAUUUAAAUCGUGUUUUCAAAUUAGCUUGUACACAGCUUAAUUCUGAGUUUAAAAGUCAAGAAUUUACAUUGACUUUAACGGUGUUGCAUCCCAAACUUGCACCUAAGACUACAACUACAACAGCGUCUAUUUUUGGUGUAGCUGAACACUCAUCUUAUGGAAUUAGUGGUGUCAAUGGCGGUGUAGGAUCAACAUCGCUUGAUAACAGACUCUUUGCACAUGCUAUGAUGCAUUCACAUGAUGUACAAGAGCCCAAAGUACAUGUUCAUUCAAUUAUACACAAAGCCGAGAGUUCACAUCCGACAAUGCUCAUAAUUUUGAUUUGUGCAUUUUUGGUGAUCGUAUUAUGCGGAGUGUCGAUAGCUCGUCUAAAAAACAACGGUCUUAAGUACACGGGCAGGCAGCCAUGCCCUAAGAUUGCCGAUGAAAGCUUGGUCUGGGACGAUUCCGCGUUGACGAUUACGAUAAAUCCAAUGCAAACUGAUGCUGUGUCGGAAGAUAGCUCAAACUCUGAAAACUCAGAAUCAGAAGAUGAAGAAGUGGUAAAAGGCCGCGUUUCAAAUGUCAGCCAGUUGGAAUGGGAUAAUUCCAACAUGUUUACCUCGGCUUAUAACUAAAACUAAAAUAACUUUUUGUGUAACGUUCAAAUGCCAUAAAGCUUAGGCAUAUAAAUAACUAUAGGUAUUAAACAAAAAACAAUGUAAAGAUAAAAAUUGCAAACAAAACUACAAUGAUACUUUUUUAAACUACAUGUGGUAAAAAAGAAUGCUGUUCAAUCAUUCUUGCAGUGUGCGUUGUAAACAAUGCAAACACAUACAUAUAAAAAUAGUUAUAUUUCAUAUAUAUACUUACAUGUAUUAAUUACUUAUCAUGUAUAUGCUGCAAAAGAAAUAAAGUAACAGAGUUAGAGACAGAAUAACGGUCAAUAAUUGACUCGUA